CCAAAAGACACGACUACGGCGCGAACAUUGGGUAUGUCAGCAGAAACACCGCUGAGGGAGCAAAUACAUUUGAUUGGUCAAAUCUCACAACUGUUUCAAGAUUAACGAUCAAAUGUACUUGUCCCUUCAGCGGUGUUUCUGCUGAACAUACCCAUUGUCGCUGAGUGCGCAGCUCGUUCAGACGUGUAUAUACGACCGUGGUCAAAAUAAGUGUGCAACUAUUUUAAACUGCGUACCAAUAUACAAAAAAAUGUCAAUGUUUUCUUCCUACAAUGGUAGACCGUUUAAGUUUCGCUUAGUAAACUUACCGUCUGAUGUGAGACGGGAGAUUAAAAAAAUGAUUUUGGACAAUGGAGGUGAAGUGGUAAAUAUUGAUGACCGUUCAGUAAUCAACUUCACUGUCCCUAAUGAAUAUAUUCCUGGGAAGGUCAUGUUUGAUAUUGCAUUUAUUAAGGAUUGCGUGAAGUGGGAUGAAAUUAGAAAUCUUCAUGAAUACAAGCUUGGUCCAAGGAAAGAAUAUGAUGGAUGUAUCAUGUCAAUAUUUUUAUAUGGAAGUCCAUCAUGCAUGUAUAGGCAUGUCUCUAAUUCAAGCCCGCAAAUCAACGUAUGUUCAGCUUGUGGCUCUAGUAAUACUACCACAAUGCUGGAUGUAAGUGAUUCACCAGGGCCAUCCCAAAACUCUUGUGAUACACAGAGAGUGAUAACAUCAAAAAGAUUAUACAACAAAGACCCUGAAAUUACCUUUGGCGAUAAAGCACACCAUGAUCCAAGACUUCGUAAAGCAGUACCGAGUAUAUCAUAUGCAGUGUCCAGCGAUGUUUCGGAUGUUCAGGAAACUACUACAUUUAAGAACGAUAAGUUACAUUGUAAACAAAAUGACAAAAAAGAAACUUCGACUGCAUCUACCUCAGACUUUGAAAUUAGCGACGAUUCUGAAGCGAAGCCUUAUCUUAAGGUCAAGGAUCAGAACAAAAAUGCAUUGCAAUGCUCUAUGCGUGAAUUGCAUAUUAAUCAUGAAGGAAAUAGAAGCCCUGUUCAAACAAAUGACAAUCUUACAGAGUGGUUGAUACGCAUCAAACGUAAAGCCAAAACUAUGGAAGCACCGCGAAAGAGAAAUUUUGCAAAAUGGGAAAAAUGGCAAAUGUUGAUAUUCUUGAUUGAAAAUGAUUUGAUUGAACGUGCCAAAGGUGUUGACGUCUGGCAGCACAUGAUUCGACAAAAGAACUGGGAUCAUAGGACAAAGUGGUCAUUAAACAAUCAUUUUCGAAAAUCUAUACUUCCCUGCAUUGAACAGUUUCACGUACCUAAGGAGAUAGAAAUCAGAUUUGUAACUCUCCGAAAUACAAAAUAAAAUCAAUUGAAUCUUAUGUAUCUUUUCAAAAUUAAAUUUCUCUAUUUUCGUA